AUGUCUUUUGACUUUCUCUCGAUGAUCCAGCUGAUUGCGGACAGCGACCCAGCCGUCAGGCCAGCGCGCUUCCACACCAAUUAUAAUCCCGUCAAGAUGGGCAACACGGCAGAUAUCGCGUACGGCGGCUGCGCUAUAGCUGUAGCUGUGAAUGCGGCCAUUGCGAGCGUCGAAGCUGAAAGGCAAAAGCGAGAUAGCAGCGCAUCUGCAAAGGGCAAGUCGACCGCACCGAAGAGCAAAGCGGUGUACGCUCUUUCUGGGAAUUACUUGGGGCCGGCGCGAGCGGACAGGCCCUUCAUUGUGGAUGUCGAAUCUCUGCGGGAUACCAAGACCUUUACAACCAUCCUGGUGCGAUUGAAACAGCGCCUUGACUCUGGAGAAGAGAGGAGCUGCUUGGUAACCAUUGUAGACUUUGUGGCUCGGUCGGACCUGCCUGAAGCUCAGCGCAACAUCCUCACCUACAAUGCCGCACCUCCAAAAGUCGCGCAUCACUCCGACUUGCCCCUCGCAUCCGAAUGGCAGCAGCAGCGCGUUCGCGACAACCUUGUACCUCAAAAGGCGCUGGACAUGUCCAUAGUCUUUUUUGGCAGAUUCAUGGACAUCGUCAACAGCAAAUACCCAGACGACAGCAUCUUGGGACCGAGUUUGUACGGUCUCUUGCGCGACUUUGAGACGCAGCAGGAGCAUCUGUCCAUCCCGGAGAAGAACAGCACGGAUUGGUUUCAGUCCAGUGUAAAUCUCAAUGAAAGAGAGCAUGGGGAUUAUACCGCCACCAACGCCCUUUUGCCAAUCUCGACGUACGCUGCAAAGUGAGUCGUCGCUGAGGGGGUCCCAGAGCGGAGGUGUGAUCCGCUGAUUCUCGAACUCCCUGCACGUGGCUACAGCAUCAGCCUCGCGUCGUUCUUCUUGGAUGGCGCCUUGUCUUUCUUGAGUCUCUCCUUCUCUCACCGCUGGCUCGCAGAUGCAGGUGCAUGCUCUUCGCUCGAUUUCAGCCUCCGCUUUCACGUCGACGAUUUUGAUCUGGCGCGGUGGCAUUUGCGAGAGGUCAAGACGCACGUGAGCACGCAUGAGAGAACGUACAAUGAGGCGAGAAUGUGGGAUGAGCAAGGCAGACUCGUCGCAACCAUGACCCAGGUCGGAGUGCUCAAGAAAUUGCCUGAAAGGUCGCAGAAGCAGGCCAAACUCUAA